UUUUCCACUUCCGUACACAAACGCUCCAGCGCCUGAUGACGUGUUGAAUUCCUCCUGCACUUCCCUUGUGCUAGCUUUGUCGUUAGCUUAGCGGCGCGUUCAAUUCGUUUUUAAAUAAAAUAAACCCAGCGACGACAUAAAGAUAAAUAAUAAUAGUUUAGCUGGAGGCAACCGGACAUGGAGACGCUUUACCACCAGACGAAUAAGCAAAUCCAGGAGGUGCAGUCGCUAAUGGGCAACCUGGAGAGAACAGACCGUCAGUCGGUACACUUGUUAGAGAAUGAACUCCAAGCUCGAAUCGACCAGAUCUUCAACCAUUUAGAGCGCCUGGAGAUCCUGGCCAGCAAGGAGCCGCCCAACCGCCGCCAGAACGCUAAACUGCGCGUGGACCAGCUCAAGUACGACGUCCAGCACCUCCGCACCGCUCUCCAAAACUUCCAGCACAGACGCUACACCCGAGAGGCGCAGGAAAGGGAGAGGGAGGAACUCAUGAGCAGAACCUUCACCACAAACGACGCAGACACGUCCAUCCCCAUCGACGAGACGUUGCAGCUCAACUCAAACUUGCACAACGCCCACCGCGGCAUGGACGACCUGCUGGGGAGCGGCAGCAGCAUCCUCAACGGACUGCGAGAUCAGAGGUCCACAUUGAAGGGAACCCAUAAGAAGAUGCUGGACGUGGCCAACAUGCUGGGUCUGUCCAAUACGGUGAUGAGACUCAUAGAACGGAGAGCCACUCAGGAUAAGUUCAUCAUGAUCGGAGGGAUGCUGCUCACGUGCGUCGUCAUGUUCGUGGUCGUACGAUAUCUGAGCUGAACAGCAUCACACACAUAUGAGAUAAAAUACUUUUUAAAAAGUUGUAUUUUAUUAAAAAAUGUGUUUUCAGUUCUUGGUGCAACUUCAUGACAGUAUUUGACUAUGUGAAGCUUUAUAUUGCUACAGACUUUUUUCCAGACCACUUUAAUGUGCUUGGGGGAGGUAACGGAGUCAUGAACUUUUGAAGUGUAAGAUCUUUAAAAAACUACUUCAUGUUCUUUAUUCCGUCAAUUACACUCCCAAAGUAUGAAUCACAGCAUUUUUUUUAAUUAUUUUUUUUUUAGACCGGCAGUAGAAUGGUUGGACCUAACAAUACACGCUUCGUUAAGAUUUUGAGUUAUUUUUCAGCAGUGAUUAAAUGACAUGAAAAUAUAACAAUUGUAAUUGUGCAGUACAUUGUCCUCAUUUACAGUUGGGUCUAGUCUCACUAUGUGAGUGAUUUAAUUGUUAAUAAAACUUGGUAUUUCCUUGACUGUUUGUGUGUUUC